CCAGACAGACCAGGACCAUGGCUGUGCUUCAAUCCGUGCUGCCACACCUUAGGCUGCUUGUGUGUCUGGCCCUGUACUUUUCUCCCGCCUUCUCUGCAAGUGAUAACGACUCCUGCAUGAUCUUCGAUAAAGUCUUUUCCUCCGACACCUUGGGUAUCAACAUCACUGAGGCUAACAUUGCUGACGGGUACACAACCUACACAGUGACAAUCCCUGUGAACAAUUCAGUCAGAGCCGUGAUCCUGAAAGCAGUGAACCAGAGCAAUGACACAGUGGGUACCUGGGUUGGAGCAACUGAGGGAUGCAAUGGCACCAGCUUCUACAAUGUGACACACCCAAACAACUCAGCCAUUCAGACAACGUGGAAAGUUCCAGAUUCUGAGGAUUUGACUACAGUCGACCUGCAAGUCUUCAGAGUCAUCAAUCGCACCGCAAUAGUGUCAUCUGUGAGUCUGGAACAAACAAUGACAAGUGCAAUCCUGACUCCAGCCCUACCUACAAUUUCUGAGACCAUCCAGACCACAGCCAAGACCACAGCCAUGACCACAGCCAAGCCCACAGCCAUGACCACAGCCAAUAACUCAACCAUGACCACAGCCAAGCCCACAGCCAUGACCACAGCCAAGACUACGGCCAUGACCACAAACCUGGCUAUUAGCACUCUCAGCAGCCCCCUGGCAGCUACCCUCCACAUCCUGCUUGUUUUUCUCAUCAGCAAACUCCUCUUUUAAAGGAAACUGGGGAAGCAAAUCUCAAGCCCCCACAGCAUCUUCCCAAGCUCAUUCCAGGCCAGUGUGUUUAAACUGAAUGAAGGUUUUAUGUCCUCAGUGUGCAACUCCACCACCUCUGACCACAAACCUGUGACACUCAGUAGUGCAUUUGAAGGACACAAACGUUUGCCUGGAUCUUUCAGGGCACAAAUUCUGUUUUUUGUAAAUACUUAGGCCAUCCUAGUUGUAAUCUGGAGUACUGAUUCUCAGUUUAACAUGUUGACAGGCAAUCUGAACUUGUGUUUCUUCCCAAAGGAUUCCCAUGAGCCUCCUGGGUUUCAGGGUGGGGAGGGAAUAUCCUUCUUUACUUUCAUGCUGAUUUCUGGCCAAACCUACUCAGGUUACAAAGAACUUUUGUGACUUACAUGACUGAAGGAGAAAAAGAAAUGAGUGAUAAUCCUGUGGCCACUAGCAGAUUCCCACUGUGCCCAGACCAGCAGGUUUUGAAGAAUGAAAAUAUAUGAAAACUAUGCCUGAGAAGCCAAUUACAGGGAACAUGACUCUUUUUUCCCAAGUCAAAUAAAUGAUACAUUAAACAAGAAUAAUUAAUGUGCUAAAUUGAAAGAUAAGCCUUAAUGAAUGACAAAAUACAAAGUGUUACCUAAUUUUAUUUUUAAAACUAUGAAUGAAAUUAUGUGUGUGUGUGAAUGUAUGUGUGUUUUCAAAGACAGAUUCUACCUUUGUCUUAAUUUUUUUUCAGUCUAAGCUGCUG